AAAGGAAACAUGAAGAAUUAGAACCGAUGUGCAAAUAAAAUAACACCCAAGUAUACUCGACCCACUUCAACUAUAAACAGAGGUGACAUAGAUAUUUUGAGUUCUGCACCAUCUUUCUGUGUCUGUGACCUAAAUCUAAGUUCAUGGCUAAGGUAGUAAGAGGAGGAGGAGCAGAAAAGAAGAUUAUGGUGGCCAUUGAUGAGAGCGAGAACAGCCACUAUGCUCUCGUUUGGGCACUCGAUUAUCUCAAAGAAUCGAUAAAGAACUCGCCGCUUGUGAUCUUCAUGGCUCAACCUCCGACCAAAAGUAAUUACACCUUCGCCGCGCCUCUCGGUUCUGCUCGCUUGUACUGCCCAGUUUCAGCCACUCCAGACUUUGUUACCUCUGACAAAGAAAAUAAAAAGAAGCUUACCUUGGCUUUUCUGGAGAAAGCUAAGGAGAUAUGCUCUAGUCGUGGGGUAAAUGCAGAGAUAGCUACGGAGGUAGGGCAUCCUAGGACAGCCAUAUGUGAUGCAGUUCAAAAGUUCAACAUCAAAUUACUUAUUUUGGGUGAGCAUGUCCUUGGAAAAAUCGAAAGGGCUCUUAUAGGGAGUGUGAGCAGCUACUGUGUUCAGAAUGCAAAGUGCCCUGUCCUUGUUGUGAAGAAACCCUUAGCAGCAAAUUAAACUUUCUACACUUCCAACUACCAGUUGUUUUAUGACACAGUUUGUUGCAAUCCUAGUUGAUACGAUUUGAAUGUAAAUAAACUACAGAAUCGAAGAUUUUCUGACGUGUGGAUAUUGACUCUAAUGUUUUGUAAACACAUUGAAAGGUGAUGUAAUUGAAAAUUUUAGAUCUUCCUGUGGAACA